CUCUCUUGUAUUUCCAUCUGAAAUAGUAUAUUUUAAUCCUGGAGAUGAUGCUGUUCUAUCAUGUCAUUUUGAGCCAGCAAUCAGUGCUGCUUCAAUGGAGAUCAAGUGGUGGAAAAAGGCUGAUCUGGUCUGUCAUCAUAAGAAUGGACAGGUGACAGUGAACAGAGACUAUGAGGGUCGAGUGAGUCUCCCACUGCAAGAUCUACACAAUGGAAAUGCGUCUUUGACUCUCAGAGACGUCAGCAGUUCACAGAAGGGUCACUAUAUUUGUGAGGUCAUCUAUGAAUGUCAAAAAAUACAAGAUACUGUUUUCCUUCAUAUCAGCUCUGAAGACUUUAGACUUGUCACUCCUGUUGGAACUGUAUCUGCUGACCCUGGAUCAGACGUCAUCUUACCUGUUCAUCUCUGUCCUGAAACCAGUGCUGUGUCUUUAGACAUUAGAUGGUUCAGAGGGACAGAGCUCAUUUAUCAGUAUAAGAACAGGCAGGAGAAAACAAACCAUGAGAACCGAGUCGGUAUGUCCAUCCAGGAGCUGGAGAAAGGAAAUCUUGCUCUGACUUUGAGAAACUUUCAGCCAACAGAUUCAGGAGACUAUACAUGCAAAGUCUUUCAUGAUGGAUGUCUGCAGACAGGAAUAGUUCAUCUGCAAGUGAGAGAGAUUCAGACAAGUGAUGAUCGUAGAUUGAUACAUCUCCUCAGUGUGCUCAGAAAAGUACAGAAAGAUAUUCUGCAACAGAAAGGACAAGUAUUACAGGAAACAUUAAAUUUGCUUCAAGAAACACUUUAUCAAUAUGAAAUGAGAAAUAAAGCCUUUGGCCCUACUCUUAGACAUUCAAAUAGUAUGGAAGGAAUUCCUCCCCACAUGAAAGAGGAGGACAUGCACCACAGACACACAAUCAUGGAGAGACAUGUGUUAAAGCGUAAUAUCUUCAUGAAACGUUCUUUAAGUUUACCAAUCAAGAUUCAGAUGAGUGAUGAUCCUAGAUUGAUACAUCUCCACAAUGUGCUAAGAAAAGUACAGAAUGAUAUUCUGCAACAGAAAGAAGAACUAUUACAGGAAACCUUAAAUUUGCUUCAAGAAACAUUUGAUCAAGAUGAAAUAAGAAAUAAAGCCUUUGGCCAUACUCUUAGACAUUCAAAUAGUAUGGAAGGAAUUCCUCCCCUCAUGAAAGAGGAGGACAUGCACCACAGACUCACAAUGGAGGAGAGACAUGUGUUAAAGAGAAAUAUCAUCAGGAAGCGUUCUUUAAGUGCACCAAAUAUGGCUGGACACGAUGGUGGGCAGCAAAUGUUGUCACAGCUAAGAGAUAUAAUAGAAGAAUCAACCAUUGUCCCUACAAGAGCUAGGACACAUGCACAGGAGAACCCUGGAACAUCAGAACAAAGUACUGCCACAGAGCAAGAGACAUCCUCCUCGGAUCUACAAUCACAACUACGAGAAAGAGAAAGACCAUCAGAAUCAGUCAUGACACCAGCACCAACAUCAGAGAGGCCAGAAGAUGGAAGGCAAAGGACUCAACAAAGUCACGAAAAUAGAGAGAAAAACUGUCAGAUUAUGUAAUAUUUAAACAGAAAGUAGGAAAAAUAUUACUAGACUAUUUGGGGUU